UGCGCAUAUACGUAUAUUUUAUAAGCCAUAUAUUUUUUUUUCGUAAUCUCAUGUAAAGUCACCCGUAUAAUUAGACGUCUGUAGACGUCGAUAGACGUCAAUUCUAAGGGUAAUUUCUCACUGGGAUAUCUCUAUGAUCAUUGGCGACAUUUUAGACGUUACGUAAUAAGUAAAUAAUAGAUAUAUUAAACGAGGAAGAAAUAAUAUUAUACAAGACAAGUCACCAAGAUAUUGGCCACAUUAAAUAGUCGCGUUAGCAGUCAAUGAUAUUCGUCAGCUUGUGCUCAUGUUUCUUUAAAAGCAAUAUUGUGAAGCGUUGUAUCCGAACUUUAUCUGCCUAGCAUCAAAUUUAUGCCAACGGUUCAGAACGAGAAUGUCGAGUGGCCAGCAACAGGAAAGGCGGAGAACAGGAGAACCGAGAGGUUCAAAAUUGAUCGAGUUCUCAAGCAGUCUGCACAGAUAAAACCUGUUUUUCUGGUGCAUUUAGGGCGUUCUCUUAUAAAUCUACUGUAUAAAUCAACGGUAAAAUUUUAGUACAAAGUAUAUAUACGUGUGAAAUAUACAUUAGUGAUGUACGCACGAGUGAAACUAUGUGGAGGAAGAGGAACAAUAAAGAAAUUACGUGCUCAAUCGUGCUCAAUUAAUCAGUGUCACGUUGAUAGUACCGAGCCCAAGCCUUUCGAAAACAUACCGGGACCAAGAUCUUUGCCCGUUAUUGGAACACUGUACAAGUACCUACCUUUCAUUGGUGAAUACAAUUUUACGAAGCUACAUAUCAACGGCUUAUUGAAAAAAAAGCAAUAUGGACCUCUGGUGCGUGAGGAAAUAGUACCAGGCCAAUCAGUAGUGUGGGUAUUCCGACCGGAAGAUAUCGCGGAGAUUUUCAAAGCUGAGGCGGGUCUGCAUCCGAAGAGAAGAUCGCACUUGGCUCUCCUCAAGUAUCGAAAGGACAGGAGUAACGUCUACAACACUGGGGGUCUCUUACCCACAAACGGCACCGAGUGGUGGAGGCUGCGCCGUGAAUUCCAAAAGGUCCUUAGCAAACCCCGGAACGUCGUCGAUUACCUUGAGGAUACCGACGCAGUUGUUCAGGAGUUCGUGCAGCUCUGCUCUCGCGAGAAGCCCGACGAUUUUCUACCUCUAUUCUCGCGUCUCUUUCUCGAAUUGACUUGUCUCGUGGCUUUCGAUGUAAAAAUGCGAAGUCUUUCGGAAGAAGAAAAACAUCCGCAUUCUCGAAGUUCAAGGCUAAUCGAGGCAGCGUUUACGACGAAUAGCGUAAUUUUGAAAUUAGACAAUGGCCCGAUGCUUUGGCGAUUUUUCGAAACGCCGUUAUACCAAAAAUUGCGCAAGGCGCAGAAUUACAUGGAAGAAGUAGCGCUACAAAUGGUUACUCAGAAAAAUCGAGAUGCAUUAAUAUGUCGGAAACAAUCUCUUCUCAAGGAAUAUUUAAAAAAUGAGGCUUUAGAUAUUAAAGAUAUUGUGGGUAUGGCGUGUGAUAUGUUGCUCGCUGGCGUGGAUACCACGACAUACAGUACGUCAUUCGCCUUGUAUCAUCUUGCAAUUAAUCCAGCUGUUCAAGAAAAGCUAAGAUCGGAAGCUGCGGCUUUGUUACCGGAUCCUAUGUCCCCGAUAACGACGGAGAUCCUAAGAAAUGCCACGUACGUGAAGGCCGCAAUAAAAGAAACUUUCAGGCUAAAUCCUAUUUCCGUGGGAAUAGGUCGUAUCCUGCAAACUGAUGUGGUGCUGAGCGGAUAUCGCGUUCCCAAAGGAACUGUAGUCGUCACGCAAAAUCAAGUGAUUUGUCGACUUCCCGAAUAUUUCGACGAGCCAAAUUCAUUCAGACCGGAGAGAUGGUUACGCGAUAGUAACGACAAAGAAAACAAGCUGAGAAAAAAGCCUGUCAACCCGUAUACUGUACUUCCUUUUGGCCAUGGCCCGCGAUCGUGCAUCGCAAGACGAUUCGCGGAACAAAAUUUGCAAGUUGUUUUACUGCGAAUCUGCAGAAAUCUGCGGUUUACAUGGUGUGGAGAGCCUCUUGAUUCAGUUUCGUUUCUAAUCAACAAGCCUGACGCGCCUAUUAAAUUGAGGUUCGAAAAUCUACAUGCGUAAAAAAAGUCAUUAAGAU